CCUGAGUUUGUUCCCAUAGUGGUUAAUGGAUAUUUUAAAAUCCAUGUUAAAUUAAAGGAAUUCAACUAUCUCACUAGCAUUUUGUGUAGCACAUAGGUGCAGGGAGAUUCUGCAGAGUAUCCAAAGAAUUCUGUGCGGGAACUGAUUUAAUUGCUCAAAGAGUUACUGGAGCUUUCUUGAAUCAGAAUGGAAAUAAGGAUAAGCUGAGGUCUUACUGAUUUGUGGUAUUUAAGGGAGAAAUUAAGUGUGUCAUGCAGCUGUUAGGUGGUAGAGAGGCAAGCUGAAGUUGUGGAACUUGUUACUUUCAGUUCUUUUCUCUUUCUGUCUGUAUAUUCAUUGUUCCCUUCUGAGCGAUCUCCUCGCUACAUUCCAAUCACCUUCACUGAGAUGGAUGACCAAGGUGUUAACAAAGGGGUAAGUCAGAAAUUAAACAUUUCCUUUCGUGAAGAAGAGUCUGAGAAUGAGGGGCAGAAGACAACACAAGGGAGCAAGGAGGCCCUGAGCCAAAGCCCCAAGAAGAGCGAGGUUCAGGAUGUGAAAACCUCAAGCCCAGGCACCAAGAAAGAUGAGGCUCAAGAUCCAGAGACCUCAAGUCAAAGCCCCAAGAAGGGCGAGGCUCAGGAUGUGAAGACCCCAACCCAAAGCCCCGAGAGGGGGGAGGCUUGGGAUGUGGAGGUUCCCAGGACUCCCCUCAAGAACAUAUCUGAACUCCGGACAUCUCAGGAGAAGGACAAGGAACGUCCAGGUUCGCUUCUGAAGACUCCAGGGCCACACCAUCCCAGGUAUCCUGCGACACCAGCACUAGCUGCUCGUAGGAACAGCCUGCAGCAGGAUGCCAACACUUCCACUCCCAAAAGUCUGUUGAGCCAGCAGAUGAGUUCUUCAACAAGGAAGGUCCUCCCCGGAAGCUCUAAGCAUACGUGGCUCACACCUGGUUACCUCAUGGAUGAGGCCUCCUCACUGUCUCUAGUCAGUAUUAACCCUUUCACCCCUGAGUCCUAUAAGAAAAUACUCCUUCAAUCAAAAGGCAAGAGGAAAGUCCCAGAAGAUCCGUUAAUGUGGUCGCAGAGAUUCUGGCAUCUUUCCAUCCUCAUGUGUACUGAAGUUGGCUUCUCGAUAAGGCAGCAGGGUGGAGUAAGCAUCAGCUCUCUGACUUCAAUUAGAAAUGAGGAAGCUGGUGCAGAGAAAGACAAAGUGCAACGAAUGCAGCCUCCCAAGAAAAGUAUUCUACGAGGAGUUAACAUGGCUUCCCGCUAUAAAAAGGAAUUCUUGGAGCUAGAAAAAAUUGGAGGUGGGGAAUUUGGUACAGUCUACAAGUGCAUUAAGAGGCUGGAUGGAUGUAUUUAUGCAGUAAAACACUCUACUAAACCUUUGGCACUAUUAUCAAAUGAGAACUUGCGUUUGCGUGAAGUUCAUGCUCACGCAGUCCUUGGGCAUCAUCCCCAUGUGGUACGCUACUAUUCCUCAUGGACAGAAGAUGACUAUGUGAUCAUUCAGAAUGAAUACUGCAAUGGUGGGAGCUUGCAAGCUGCUAUUUCUGAAAAUAUGAAGUCUGGUGAUCAUUUCCAAGAGCCAAAACUCAGAGACAUCCUUCUGCAAAUUUCCUUGGGGCUUAAGUACAUCCAUAACUCUGGCAUGGUACACCUGGACAUCAAGCCGAGUAACAUCUUCAUUUGUCAUAACACGCAAAGUGAUUCUCCUGCAGUCCCAGAAGAGGCUGAAAAUGAAGCCGAUUGGUUUCUCUCUGCCAGUGUAAUAUAUAAAAUUGGUGACCUGGGACAUGUGACAUCAAUAAGCAAACCCCAAGUGGAAGAAGGAGAUGCUCGCUUCCUAGCUAAUGAGAUUUUGCAAGAGAAUUACCAAAACCUUCCCAAAGCUGAUAUAUUUGCCCUAGGAUUAACAAUUGCAGUGGCUGCAGGGACAGAGACUUUACCCUCCUGUGGUGUAGCAUGGCAUCACAUCCGCAAGGGUAACUUUCCGGACAUUCCUCAAGAGCUCACAGAAGAUUUUCACAAUUUGCUCAAGAAUAUGAUCCACCCUGAUCCAAGUGAGAGACCUUCUGCUGCAGCUCUGGUUAGAAGUCAAGUUCUCCGGCCCUCCUUGAAGACAACUGAGGAGCUCCAGCAGCAGCUAAAUUUGGAAAAGUCUAAGAUAGCCAUACUGGAAAGGGAACUGAGAGAAGUCCAGCAGCAUCAGUCCUCCCAGGGAGAUGUCCACCAUGGAGACUCGGAGGUCUCUGUGGGCCAAAAAACAUCAAGUAGCACAAAACGCCUGGUGGGAAGAAUGAGUGUGAAGUCUUCAAGCUUUUCCUGUGGGGAAUCUUCCCCAUAAUAAUAACUCACUUCACACCAGCCAACUUUAUUCCAUAAAGCCUCCAGAAAAAGAUUUUGAUCACCCAACCUUCCUCUUACAAAAUGGAAAAACUAAUCCACUUGAAGGCCCAAAGAUUUCAAAAGUCACCCUAAAUAGCAUUUAAGCCAAGAUCACAAAGCUACUAAAGUUUCUUAUUAGUAAUGGUCCCAGGUACAAUAAUUGGUAGCCACUUUUCUUCCCAAUUGUUAUAUUCGUAAUGCUACCUAUCAACAACUUAAGUAUUUCUUACAUUUUCUGAUGAAUGAGAACACAUGGGUGUCUGAACUGAAAGAAUAAAAUAGCCUUAGGGUUGUGCUGUUGCCAAUUUCUCACCAAAGAUCCCAGAAAGAAAUAAAAUUUGGCUUGAGUUGAAGUAAGACUUUACAAGAAAAUGUGCCUGGAUUUAGACAGUGCUUCCCAUGUUAUACUACGUUAUUCCUAAAGGAGAAUUUCCAGCCUCUCUGAGCAACAGUUUUCUUAAGGUAUUUUGUGAAUGGAGGCAACCUCUCUGAUAUUGUAUCUAUUAACUGAAUGGCUCCACCAUUAUAUGAGGUGGGUAGAGAUAAGACCACAAAUAGUGUGGAUAUGCUUGGUCUAGUUAUUGUGAACCAAAAGCACUGGAGAUGGAGGGCUCAAGGGAAAGGUGAUGUGCUGUUCUGUCUCAAUUUGUGUUAACCCCUUUGUGGCUGUUGAUUGGUUUUGAUUUUCUGGCUCUCGUCACUUUCUCUUGGUUUUAGCAGAAUUUGGCUUUGUUCCCUACGAUUUUAAGCAUAUUUUUAUUCAAAUCCUUUUCUGUGUUCAUUUUAAAGGGCAGAAUAAUUGUAAAUAAAGGUUUUAUCUUGUCCAAAGCUAAA